CGGGAGCGACUCCCCUCCUUGGCUUCUUUUAUUGGGCGACAGCAGGCGGCGAAGCCUUCAGCCGACCGGGCUCUGCCGACCGCCUGGCUAAAAGAACGGACUUGGACGUCCAGCUCGGAGCUGCGCAGCGACCUUAAGGAGUUCCGAAGGAGAAGUAAGGCGGGGGCUCGACUCGGCGAAGCGGACGCCCCGUCCUCCCCUCACCCCUUCCCGCCUUUCCUCCCCGUGCGAGGGAGCGCUCCCUUCCAGGCAGGCGCUCCGCGGGGCAGCCGUCGGGAGGCGAUACUGGGGGGCCGCGGCAGAGGGAGGCGAGGCAGAGGGAACCGUCGAGGCGCGGGGAGAACUGGCGGAAGGGCGUCCAGAGGGGAGCCCUCGGUUGCGCCGGCGAGGAUGGCGGCGGCGGGGAGCAUCACCACCUUUCCAGACGACGGCGGCGGUGGCGGCAGCAGUGGCCCCUUCCCGCCUGGACACUUUAAGGACCCCAAGCGGCUGUACUGCAAAAAUGGAGGCUUCUUCCUGAGAAUUAACUCUGAUGGCCGAGUGGACGGAGUCCGAGAGAAGAGCGACCCGCACAUCAAGUUGAUACUUCAAGCUGAAGAGAGAGGCGUGGUGUCAAUCAAAGGUAUACGUGCAAACCGUUUCCUUGCUAUGAAUGAAGAUGGACGAUUGUUAGCACUGAAAUAUAUAACCGAUGAAUGCUUCUUUUUUGAACGCUUGGAAUCUAAUAACUAUAACACAUAUCGGUCACGUAAAUAUUGUGAUUGGUACAUUGCACUGAAACGAACUGGUCAGUACAAACUUGGACCAAAAACUGGACGAGGACAGAAAGCUAUUCUUUUCCUUCCAAUGUCUGCCAAAAGUUGAUUUGAGUGUCGCAGUUAAUAAAAUA